GGAAUACCUGUGGUUAUGACAUGGGCAACCAAAUGGACUAUUUGGCUCGUCUGACGAGCUGGCCCUAACCCUGGCGUGCAAGCGAUGCCUCAGGGAAGUGGUCAUUUAGACGCCCGUACUUUUCUACUUAUGUAUACGAGUCUGUUCCCAAGAGUCUGUGCUGGAUUUUCUUCAAGCCAACUCCGAAUCGUCGAGCUGGUUAAAUGUUCAUACCUCGGCUCUCUGACGUCCUUGAACGCCGUGCCCUCUAUUCCGGAAAUGCCCCACUCAACGAUAACAGUAAUUCGAGCGGCUUCUCGCUCGACACUGGGGGCAUGGCUAGCUUCUUUGGUGGUGACGUAGCCGUGACAGCUAUGACCACCAUUCACUUGGAUCCUAGCAGAAGAUGGCUAGGGUGGUACAAUUGUCCUGGUACCUACGAGGUUGCCAGACGCUAUGGCAGAGUUUCCGACUCUAAACUUCUCGAGGGUCUCUUCCCCGGAGUCCCGACCGAUCUUGCCACCCUGUUAGGGCUGGAAGAGCUAAGGGGAACAAAAUAUAUCGGUGGUCAUAAUGGAACAGUUCUAGAGGAGACAGGUCCCUUCUCUGCACUUCUUAUGAAGCACUCAGUGGAACGCCUGGAAACGGUGGAAAUCCCCAGCAGACGGACCCAACCAAUAGCGGUUACUAUCACCGAGCUCGAACAUGCCCCGAGCAAUCAAGCCGUGUUACGCACUCCCAUAUACCCUCCCAUUGUCGCCACCAUACCCAUUCUAGCCAGCGUCGGCACGGCUGUCGCAUGUGGGGUAUUCGAGGACUGGUUUUCCUUCUCCCUGAUCGUCCUCGGAAUACUUGUCAAUGGAAUAUCGUGCAUCGUUAUCGGCGCAGCAGAUUUUAUAUUUCAAUACCCAAUCCCCCGAGUGGACGUUCCCGGGGAUGGCAUCCUUGUGUCGGAAAAGGACAAAGAGAUUAUUGUACUGAAGGGCAGUGGGGACGCCGCAAAUUCCAUCACCUUAGGCUCCGCCACGCUGUCCUUCAGGUGGCGGUAUUGGAUCAAGUGGUGUACGAUCCUCCUCGUCUUGCAGCUCAUCGCACAAAUACUUCUCAUUCCCCAAUGCUCGCUUUUUGGCCAGAUUAUGUUCAUCGGCUCGCUUGGGGUGUCUUGGGCAUAUAACAUGUGGCUUUCCUCCAUAGACAAGGAGAGUAUUCAGAGCGAAGUCUUCGUUAGGGGUGUGUUGCGUCGCCCCAAUGCUUGGAGGUAUAGUCUCGGCACGCGGACCUCUGCAGUUGUGUUUAUGCUUCUGGCUCUGAAACCCAAAGACCCGGGAAGAAUCCUCAAUAUACUGAUCCCUAACGAUACCCCUGAAUGGUUGAAGUUCAAGGACGACAUCUUAUCACGAAUCCGUACCGAUCAGGAACUCCGCUUCGAGACCUCCUUCUUGGACACCUUAGCACCAUGGCAAGAUAAGAAACUGAUGGAACUACUGUACCGCGAUGCAGAAGCCGCAUACAAUGGAUACCUCGAUCACCUUGCCCGCUCGGAGACGAAAAAAGCAACCUGAAAGAUGGACCAUGCCAUGUAAUGAUUAUGUCCUUCGGUAUCACCAUCUAUCUGCCUAUGCAUACCUCAUUGUCAUAACCUGCUGUCUGUUAAAUACCGUGCUUUAGUCACUGUUCCAUAGCAUACUUCUACUUCGAUGCACACAACACUGAUAGAGUACU